AUGCAAAUGCUAAAAGAUCCACUCAGCAGAACGUCCGACUUUUCAUCGCUCAAAUGUCUCUUCAACGCAGCAGCGCCACUGAAAAGCGAGUUGGCGACGCAAGUCGAGGACCUUGUCGGGUGCCCUAUCACGCAGUGGUAUGGGAUGACCGAGGCAAGCCCAAGUGCAAUCACACAAACCAUCGCUCAGCUCUCCAGGAUUGGCAGCAUUGGAAAGCUACUGCCAGGCCUUGAGAUGGUUGUGGUUGACGAAGAUAACAAAGAAUGUGCCACGUUGCAGAGCGGCGAAAUCUGCCUGCGCGGACCAAACAUCAUGCAAGGGUAUCUAGGACAGAUCGAUGCAUCUUCUUCGAGUCUGAACGGGUUCUUUCGCACUGGUGACAUUGGCUACGUUGAUCGCGAUGGCUUCGUCUUCCUUGUGGACCGAGCGAAGGAGAUGAUUAAAGUAAAGGGUCAUCAAGUCGCUCCAGCGGAACUUGAAGCUAUCCUAUUGUCGCAUCCGGAGAUCUUGGAUGCGGCUGUGAAGGGCGUCUACCGGGACGAUAUUGCCAGCGAGGUACCGAUCGGGUUUCUUGUGAGCAACAUUGCCCAGGAUCGACAGCGCUCGCUUGUAGAAGAGCUCCAGAGGACGAUCCGAGAGAAGGUGGCUCCUUACAAAAGAAUUGUAGGCGGUCUGCACUUUAUCAGUGAGAUUCCACGCAAUCCCUCUGGCAAAGUGCUCCGAAGGCUCCUCCCGAGCUCGGAACCGCUGCUGAACCAAGCGAAGCUGUAG